UCAAAAUUAGAAAUCUAUUUUUUUUUCCUCUCUUUCUUUCAUCCGACGCUCUCUAUCUCUCUUUCACAUCAUUCUCCUUCUUCCUUCUCCGGCGAUUUCGCCGGUUUUCGCCGCCUCCGGCGCGACGAUGAUCAUGGUGGUUCUUCCCCUUUAUCGUUUUCUACUUAUCCACCGGCACCACCGUUUGUUUCUCGCUCCCCACUCCUAAUUCUCAAUUCAGGCCACACAUCCCCCAAACGUUACUGUCUCUGUCGUCCGACACUAGCCGCCGCCCCCACCUUCUCCAAUUGCGCUACCCUGCCUCAGAGCCUCCACUGUCGAGCCUUUUCCAUCGUCUCACCCAUCCUCGGCCGCCGCCGCUAGGGCACUCGCCAAAAUUUGAAAUCCCUAACCCCCAAAUCGCGACCCCUCUCUUAUUCUCUAAUUGUUAUCGGUCUCUUGCCCGCGCCGCUUGCGUCUGCCUCUCUGGGAACCAGUGGCCUUCGAUAGCCAGAUGCGAUUCAAGCUUUCAUUUCCCGGUGGAAGCUUCGAGACAUGGUCAGAAAACCUAGCUCUAACACCUUUGGAGUGUAUUCCGCUCUCUAUAGCACUAGCAUAUCAGAGCUUUGGGGUGGUAUAAGGAGAUCUGAGCACUUCACCACUAUAUGUUUACAGAUGUAUAUUUUCUGGGAUGUCUCAUAAGCAUAAGAGUACUGAUACAAUAUUUGGGGCAUUUUCGUUAAUCUUUUGGACCUUAACUCUGAUUCCAUUGCUCAAAUAUAUCAUUAUUAUUCUGAGCGCUGAUGAUAAUGGUGAAGUACUGUCAGCAGUAUCAAUGCUUACAACUGCUCACACGAAGUUGCCCUCAUGUAUGUCUAGAUGUGUAGUGGUGUAUGCUCUAAUUUGGUUUUCAUGGAAAUGAUAAGUUUAGAGCCAUUACCUGUUGGUGCGUUCUGGAAGCCCAAGGUAUUGUCAUUGAAUUAUCUUCUAUUAUCUAUAUUUGUUUGUUACAUAGCUUUUUCCAUCUUAUUGAGAAUUUGUAGUUGCUUUCUCCAUCUGAAACUAUUCUGACGAAUUUAUUUUAUAUUCUUUUCUGCAAGAAUUAUGUAAGCAUUUUUGGAGGUCCCAGCAGGUAGUUUGGGACUAGAUAGAGGCCAAGAGGUAGUCGUGUUUGAACCUUUUGCAUCAUCUUUAUUUUUAGGCAUUUGUAUAGAAACAUGAAGAAAGAUGACGCUGCCAGAUUUUUAUUUGUGAACCCGUUCACUAUUUCACGCUGUAAAAGUUUAUCAAUCGAAGAUAGGGCACGCGCAUUAUCAGAACGAUUGCUUGUUGCAACUGCCAAUCAAAUUGUUUUGGCGCCUUGCAAUGUGGAUUCACAUUGGAUACUCACAGUCAUUGAACCACACAGGCCACGUUUAUCUGUUGGACUCUCUUUAUCACAGAAAUCGUGAUAUCCCUUGGAAAGCUGCUGUUGACAAUGCAAUGAGUAUUUUCAAUGCACACAAUGGAAAGAAAAUCAAGAAUUCAGCAAAAUGGGACAUCAUAAAGGGUCCUAAGCAACCUGGCAGUACAGAAUGUGGAUUUUUUGUGAUGCGAUAUAUGAAAGACAUAGUCGAAGGGUUUGAAAGGGCUGACAAUAUUUCUCUGCCAUCAUUGUUUACGAAUGUAGCCUAUUCUCAAGUUGAAAUUGAUGAAGUUCGCGAGGAAUGGGCUAAGUGUGUUUUAUUACAUGUGUUGGACUGAUCAGGUGUACGGCAAUAGAAGUCAGGGGACGUAGGAAGAUGUGGCAUUUUGUUUGCUUUUUUGUAUGGAUUUUCAAUCUGGAAAUGAUGAAGAAUUUGGUGAAAAUUGUGUUGAACACCAUUUUUUGUUAAUGUUUGGAUGACUACUUUAGGUACUUUGAAGCUACAAUGUUUGGAAGUUUAAGUUAUUUUAUAUAAUAUAUUUUUUGGAUUGUAUUA